CCUCUCGGAACGGGGCACUGCGAUUCCACCCCAAGCCGCGGGGGGCGCCAUUCAGUUUGCUUCCUGCGGAAAUGGGGCACCGCUUCCUUUCUACGCUUGCGCGGCAGGGACGCCUCACUUCCGGCCCUGCGCGCGCACCUUCUGAGCCGCGCAGCGCCAGACGGUCACCAUGAAGUUCAACCCCUUCGUGACCUCGGACCGCAGCAAAAACCGCAAACGCCACUUCAACGCUCCCUCGCACGUGCGCAGGAAGAUCAUGUCGUCGCCGCUCUCCAAGGAGCUGCGGCAGAAGUAUAACGUGCGCUCCAUGCCCAUCCGCAAGGACGACGAGGUCCAGGUGGUUCGAGGACACUACAAAGGUCAGCAAAUUGGCAAGGUAGUCCAGGUGUACAGGAAGAAAUAUGUCAUCUACAUUGAGCGGGUGCAGCGGGAGAAGGCAAACGGCACGACCGUCCACGUGGGCAUUCACCCAAGCAAGGUGGUUAUCACCAGAUUAAAACUAGACAAAGAUCGGAAAAAAAUUCUUGAACGCAAAGCCAAAUCUCGACAAGUUGGAAAAGAGAAAGGCAAAUAUAAGGAAGAACUUAUUGAGAAAAUGCAGGAGUGAAUAUAGCCUGUUCUGUAGCUGUGGUUUAACUAAUAGGUUUUUGUUCUGGUCUGUAUUCCUUUGAAACUUUUCAGAGUGUCUCUGGAACAUUUUGUUUCCUUCCUGUUUUGUUGUUGAUAUGUGACUCUGUAAAUCUACUUUUACUGUUUUGAUUAAUAAUUUUAUGAAUAAAAAUUGGAACUGCUUCCCAA